CUGUGAGUACUUGCCUUCUUUCUUUCGCAAUCCACCAAAAUGCCUAAAAAUAGUGAUGAAUCAGUAGGGAGUGAUAAUGCGGAAGAUAUUAUUAGGGAUUUAAUAAAAAAAGAGGGGUUGUUAAGGGUAAAUUCACAUUAUUUUCAAAACACGUGCAAUCUGUAGAUGGGGAAACAUUAUCAGAGUUACAAAAAGCAGAAUUACAAGAGCGGUUAAAUAAGUCACAUCCGUUGCUUGAUCAAUUUAAUGCUAUUCAAGAUGAAUUGGAAUUGUUAGUGUCAGAAACUCAGUUAGAAAAGGAAUUAAUUGAACGGGGAACCUUUGAGAACCAAUACUAUGCUAUAGUAGCUAAGUGCAAGUGUAUUUUAAAAGAAUCCUUGAAACCACAUGGUCAGAACAAUACUUCUAGAAGCAUGAUAAAAUUACCUACUAUCUCAUUGCCUUCCUUUGACGGAUCGUAUGAUCAAUGGCUUGAGUUCCGUGACACCUAUUUGUCGUUAAUUCACAAUAGUAUUGAUAUUGAUAACGUGCAAAAAUUUCAUUACCUACGUUCAUCAUUAACAGGUAACGCGCUUCAAGUAAUAAAAUCGCUCGAAUUCUCUUCUGAUAAUUACGUAACAGCUUGGGAGUUAUUGCAAAAUAGAUACAAUAAUAAUCGUUUGCUAGUCCACAAUCACGUAAAGGCUUUGUUUUCAACGCAAUCAUUGCAUAAAGAAUCCGCACCCCAUAUACGCAAAUUAAUAGAUAACGUUUUGAGAAAUAUGCGCGCUCUAAAAACUUUAGGCGAACCUACGGACUCGUGGAGUACCCUCAUAAUAUAUAUAAUUGUCUCAAAACUAGAUUCUGCAACUGAACGGGAGUGGGAACUUUAUAAAGGCACUAUAAUUAACUCUGAAGGUGAUUCCGAUAUUAAAUUGUCGCUUGCUGAUUUAAUUAAAUUUCUUAAAGACCGGGCCGAUGUACUGGAAACGAUUAACUUGUCUCAACAAAAUAAAAGCACACAAAAUGACAAUAACUCUAAAAAAGUUACGCCCAAUGUACAAAAAUCACACAGUUAUGUUGUCACACAAAAAAAUAAUACUAAACAGCCAUUAAAUUCAUCUCGCUCUAAACGUUAUUCAUGCAUUAUGUGCAACGCAAAUCACCCGCUUUACUCUUGCGAAUCGUUUCUUAAUUUAUCGAUAGCAGAUAGGGUAAAAUACAUAGAAGAUAAAAACAUUUGUCGCAAUUGUCUGCGCGCCGGUCACGCGGUAGUCGACUGCUGGUUCGGGCCGUGCAAACAAUGUAAUAAAAAACACAACUCAUUAAUUCAUAACGAAUGUGUAGACUCUGGUGCAUUAAUAUCUUCAGCAGUUCUCACUUCGCAAGUGCAACCGCAGCCCGAGGCGGCUACGGCAGGCUCACAGCCAUUGCAAUCCGCAUCUCACACAACGCACACGUUAUAUAACGUCAAUAAUAACACAGAUCAAGUGUUAUUGUCGACGGCAUUAAUAGAAAUCGCGGAUUGUAAUAAUAAAUAUCACACAAUUAGAGCUCUUUUAGAUAACGGCAGUCAACAAUGCUUUAUCUCAGAAGCUGUAUGUAAACAACUCGGCAUUCCAUUGAUACAGUCCACUGUUCACGUCACAGGUGUAGGUAACUCCGUCACCCAGUCCACACAAUCAUGCGAGGUUCAAGUACGAUCUAAAACUAGUUCAUAUCUCACACGCUUUAAUUGCCUAGUUUUAUCCCGUAUUACCGCGCAGUUGCCAUCGAUAGGCAUCAAUCAUAACUUGCAAAUUCCAGAAGACAUUCCACUAGCAGACCCAGAAUUCCACUCCCCUGGUCAAAUAGAUUUAUUGAUAGGAGCCGAUAAGUUCUGGGACCUAUUAAAUGACGGUUUAAUUAGAUUAGCUAAAGGUCCGUUUUUGCAAAAUACAAAGUUAGGAUGGAUAAUUUCCGGUUCAAUCAAUAGUAAGCACUCGCGCAUUAAUCGAGUGCAUUGUAACUUUACCCAGACCUUAGACGCACAACUUAAGCAAUUUUGGGAGUUAGAAGAAAUUACUUCAUGCAAUAAACUCACAAAAGAUGAAGCGGCAUGCGAAAAAUUAUUUAAAGAAACGACUUUACGCGACGAUACGGGUCGUUUUUCAGUGCGCAUACCGUUAUGCGAAUCAGCUGAUGUAUUAGGAGAUACAUUUAGUUUAGCACAAAAUAGGUUUUAUGCCCUUGAACGUAAAUUAAACCGAUGCGCGCCCGAAUAUAAACAAUUGUAUGUUGACUUUAUGAGCGAAUAUUUAAACCUAGGUCACAUGAGUCUAAUUGAUGAGUAUGCCAAGCCAUGCUACUUUCUACCACAUCACGGUGUCUUCAAAGAAAGCAGUAGCACUACCCGUCUGAGGUGCGUUUUCGACGCAAGUGCUAAAUCGUCAUCAGGAAAAUCGUUAAACGAUAUUCAAUUAAUAGGGCCUGCUUUACAAAACGAUAUUUUCUCAAUUUUAUUGCGGUUUCGACAAUACAAAUAUGUCGCAUCUGCCGAUGUGGAAAAAAUGUAUCGACAGAUUUUAAUACAACAAGACCAACGAGAUUUGCAAUUAAUUCUUUGGAGAGAAAAUCCAUUUCAGCCUUUAUGUGUAUAUCGUUUGAACACAGUUUCGUAUGGCACGGCCUCAGCUCCAUGGCUUAGUAUGCGCUGUCUUAAACAGCUCGCGACGGAAUGCACGGAUGACGUCAUCUCACGAGUCAUCAAUGACGAUUUUUUUGUCGACGACUUAGUAACAGGACAUGAUGAUAAGGAACAGCUAUCUAUCGCUCGGUGA